UGUGACUAUGAGGUCAUUUUGUGCUUUGAAGGCACUUUUGCAGGGAAGAGCAACAGAGACUGGAAUCGAGUUAUUUGAGUUCUGAGCCUGUUGAAAGUUGUCAAAGAAACCACUGCUCUGCAGUCAUAAUAGGAUAAAAAAAAAACAUUUAAAAGAGGCACAUUGAGACUCUCUUCUGUUGCUUGCCCGGUGCUGAAGGAGAUGAAUGUAACCACAUCACCCAAGACUAAAACUGAACAGGACUGCUUAAGAUAUGGUAAAACGGGCAGCUUUCAGUUGGAUGAUUUUAUAGCUGGAUGGGUAGGAGGAGCUGCAGGUGUUAUUGUGGGACAUCCUUUGGACACAGUAAAGACCCGCUUACAAGCUGGGCAAGGCUAUGGAAACACACUUAACUGUAUCCGCACUAUAUACAAAAAGGAAGCUGUUACUGGUUUUUUUAAGGGAAUGUCUUUCCCAUUAAUCAGCAUUGCUGCUUAUAAUUCAUUGGUAUUUGGUGUCUUCAGCAGUACCCAAAGGUUUAUUUGCCAACAUCGUUAUGGGAAACCUAACCAUCCUCCUGCACUUACAGAUAUAACUUUAGCAAGCAUAGUAACUGGGGCUUUCUCAGUAGGAAUUGGUUGCCCAGUUGAUCUAGUAAAAAUAAGGCUACAGAUGCAGACACAGACUUUUCCUAAGGCCACCCUGGAAAUGAAGCACAAAGCAACUGGCAUUUCAGUACAGGCUGCCUACCGAGGUCCAAUUCACUGUAUCGCUACCAUUCUCCAGCAGGAAGGUUUGCCAGGCCUCUUUCGAGGUACGACUGCCAUGCUUCUGAGGGACGUCCCAGGAUACUGCCUCUACUUUAUCCCUUACGCAUUGGUUUCUGCCUGGCUCACUGCAGAAGAAUGUCUUUCUCCCACUCCCUUUGCAGCGUGGAUGGCUGGUGGCAUUGCAGGAAUCAUAUCUUGGGGCACAGCAACUCCUAUGGAUGUUGUGAAAUGUCGUCUCCAAGCAGAUGGAGUUUACGUAAACAAAUACAAAGGAGUCAUUGACUGUAUCUAUCAAAGUUACCACACUGAAGGUCUAAAAGUCUUUUUCAGAGGUCUUACAGUGAAUACAGUGCGAGGAUUCCCUGUAAGUGCUGCCACAUUCCUUGGAUACGAACUUUCACUCAAAGCCUUAAGAAAAGAAGCAGAGACAAAUCCCUGAAUUCUAGGUCAGUUUCACACAACCUCGAGCACUUCCAAAUAUGCUCCAUCAGUACAAUCAUCUGAAAAAGAUGAAUGAUGGGUUGGAUAUCAUGGACAGUAUCCAGUUGUUCUGCAUCUGUACAAAUCAUGUUUUUGGCACUAAAAAAACUUUUUAAUUGUUUGAAAUUCUGUUAUUUGUGGGGAAAGACACACACAAAGGUAAUUUAACAGGAGGCACACUGCCUGCCCUCAAGAAAAUUUUAAAAAGCAAUAUAUGAAGGUUAAUGAAAAGCAAUGCUUCCACUUUCACAAUUUUAAUUUAAUUAGUGAUACUGUAAUUAAUAAAACAGACAAAAUAUUCUUGAAAUGAA